GUGUUCGCUGAUAAACUCAUCCAGUGCUCCGAUAAGGUCGCAUCGAAAAUUGUUCCCGUAAUUUUUUUACGUUUAUAUCCAGAUUAUAUUUAUUUCUCGUGAUCUGUCUAUUUGCUCCAAUGCCUACAGCAAUGGCAACCAUAGAGCAUGCCACGCAGCUGCUGGAUUUUACGCAAAAACUCGAUAUAACUUUACUAGACUCGGUUGUCUCGUGUUUUUACAUGGCACAAGGACCACAGCAACGAAUGGCAGACCAGAUCCUAACUCAACUCAAACAGCACCCGGACGCCUGGACUAGAGUCGACACAAUACUCGAAUUUUCAAAUAACCAGCAGACUAAGUAUUUCGCGCUCCAAAUACUCGAAUCAGUCAUCAAGACGCGAUGGAAAGUUCUUCCGUCCGAGCAGUGCGAAGGGAUUAAGAAAUAUAUCGUAGGGCUCAUAAUAAAAAUCUCGUCUGAAGGCGAUAUGUUGGAGAAAGAAAAAACAUAUAUUGGAAAGUUGAAUAUGAUUUUAGUGGAGAUUUUGAAGCAUGAAUGGCCAAAGAAGUGGCCAAGUUUUAUCAGUGAUAUAGUUGGCGCUAGUAAAGCAAACGAGUCUCUCUGCCAGAACAACAUGGUGAUUCUUAAACUUCUCAGUGAGGAAGUUUUUGACUUCUCCAGUGGUCAGAUGACACAAGCAAAGGCAAAACAUUUGAAGGACAGCAUGUGCAGUGAAUUCUUGCAGAUAUUUACCCUUUGCCAGUUUGUUCUGGGCAACUCUCAAAAUGUCACUCUCAUUGGUGCAACAUUGGAGACUCUGCUACGUUUUCUCAACUGGAUUCCCCUUGGUUACAUAUUUGAGACACAGCUGAACAGCACUCUUGUUUGCAAGUUUCUGAAUGUACCCAUGUUCCGAAAUGUGACUCUGAAGUGUCUGACUGAAAUUGCUGGCAUUGAUGCAAACCAGUAUGAUGAACAGUUUGUAGGGCUGUUUUCUUUAACAAUGGCUCAGUUAAAACAGAUGCUCCCUUUGACGAUCAACAUUAAAGAUGCAUAUGCAAAUGGAAAAGACGAUGAGCAGAAGUUUAUUCAGAAUCUGAGUUUGUUCCUGUGUACAUUUCUAAAGGAACAUGGCCAGUUAGUGGAGAAAAAGGAGGAACUACAUACAACAUUGUUGGAGGCUCUCCACUAUCUUGUCCUCAUCUCUGAGGUAGAAGAGACAGAAAUAUUCAAGAUCUGUUUGGAGUACUGGAAUGCACUGGCAUCAGAUUUAUACCGCGAGAACCCAUUCCCUUCAAGUACACCUCUUUUGAUUGGCUCUUCACAGUCUCAAACAAUACCACCAAGAAGACAAAUGUACUUGUCAGUAUUGUCCAAAGUACGGCUGACUAUGAUUGCAAGGAUGGCCAAACCAGAAGAGGUUCUGGUGGUUGAAAAUGAUCAAGGAGAAGUUGUCAGGGAGUUCAUGAAGGAUACAGAUGCUAUCAACCUGUACAAGAACAUGAGGGAAACCUUAGUUUAUCUCACCCAUUUGGAUUACCAAGACACUGAGAGAAUAAUGACAGAAAAAUUACAGAAUCAAGUUAAUGGCACUGAAUGGUCAUGGAAAAAUCUCAAUACGCUUUGUUGGGCAGUUGGCUCUAUCAGUGGAGCCAUGCAUGAAGAGGAUGAAAAGAGAUUUUUGGUUACUGUAAUCAAGGAUCUCCUUGGCUUAUGUGAAAUUAAACGCGGGAAGGACAACAAGGCAAUUAUUGCCUCAAAUAUAAUGUAUAUUGUUGGGCAGUAUCCAAGAUUCUUGAGGGCCCAUUGGAAGUUUUUGAAGACAGUGGUUAACAAACUAUUUGAGUUUAUGCAUGAAACACAUGACGGUGUCCAGGACAUGGCUUGCGAUACUUUUAUCAAAAUAGCCCAGAAAUGCAGAAGACAUUUCACCCAGGUGCAGGUUGGCGAGGUUAUGCCUUUUAUUGAGGAAAUACUAAACAGUACACAGUCCAUUAUCUGUGACCUCCAACCACAGCAGGUUCACACUUUCUAUGAGGCAGUUGGAUAUAUGAUCAGUGCACAAACUGAUUCUGUUGUCAUGGAGAGAUUAAUUGAGAAGUACAUGUCACUUCCAAAUCAAGCCUGGGACAACAUUGUCAAAGAAGCAACAAGGAAUAUCGAUCAUUUGAGGGAAAUAGAAGUUGUCAAACAGCUGGGAAACAUUCUGAAAACAAAUGUUCAAGGCUGCAAAUCAAUUGGACACCCUUUUGUUACACAGCUUGGUAGAAUAUACCUGGAUAUGCUUAACGUUUACCGCUGUCUUAGUGAAAACAUUUCUGUGGCAAUAGCGGAAAAUGGUGAAAUUGUCACAAAACAGCCUCUUAUAAGAGCAAUGAGAACAGUGAAAACAGAAACCCUCAGACUAAUUUCCACAUGGGUUGGCAAAUCAAAUGAUGCAAAGCUUGUGUGUGAUAACUUUAUUCCUCCAUUACUCGAUGCCGUACUGGGUGACUAUCAGAGGAAUGUGCCUAAUGCACGGGAACCUGAAGUGCUAAGUACCAUGGCAACUUUUGUUAACAAAUUAGAGAGAAAUGUCACAGAGCAUGUGCCAAAGAUAUUUGAUGCUGUGUUUGAAUGCACUCUGGACAUGAUUAAUAAGAACUUUGAAGAGUUCCCUGAACACAGAACAAACUUCUUCCUCCUUCUCCAAGCAGUGGUGCAACACUGCUUCCAAGCUUUAUUAACAAUACCACCUCAACAAUUCAAGCUGGUUUUAGAUUCCAUUGUUUGGGCUUUCAAACACACAAUGAGAAAUGUUGCAGACAUUGGGCUUCAUAUUCUGUACUCAUUGUUAAAAAGCUUGGAGCAAGAAGCUGCAGCACAGAGUUUCUAUCAGACGUACUACAUGAUGAUUGUUCAGCACGUGUUAUCAGUGGUCACAGACACAUCACAUACAGCAGGUUUAACAAUGCAUGCAACAAUCUUGGCACACAUGUUCAGUUUAGUGGAAUCAGGGAAAGUUUCAGAGCCUCUUUUUGCUGCAGAAGCAACACAGUAUCCCACAAAUCAGGCAUAUGUUCAAGAGUGCAUAGCCAAUCUUCUCAAGCAAGCUUUUCCUCAUUUGCAAGAUGCACAGAUUAAGCUGACUGUCCAAGGGCUUUUUGAUCUAAAUCAAAACAUUCCAGCGUUCAAGGAACAUUUACGAGACUUCAUGGUGCAAAUCAAGGAAUACAGAGGUGAAGAUGUCAGUGACCUGUAUUUGGAAGAGCGUGAUCAGCAGCUGAAAUCAGCUCAGGAAGAGAAACGAAAAGUUCAACUCUCUGUACCUGGAAUUGUCAACCCUCAUGAUGUGCCUGAAGAAAUGCAAGAUUAAUAUUUAUUAUUAGUUUUUAAUGAUAUUCUUUAACUAUUAGUUAGAUUUUGCCAAUGAGUAAGAUACUAUUAUUAUCUGCAUGAAACAUGUAUUUUUGUACUUUUUUUGUGUUUGUAAUUACAUGAUAAUCUGGCAGAGAAAAGCAACCUACUUUUUAGGUAAUGGCAAUUCAGAAACAUUGUAUGAAUGACGUAUUAUGGUAUAUGGAUACCACACUCUUUAGCUAUUAUUGACAAUAAGUUGUAUUAUUUCAUGUUGAAAAUAGUUUGCUGCAGAAGCCAAAAGGCCAAAGGCUGGAAGAUACAAUUUUUUUAAAAGAUUUGUUGGUUUAUACUGAGCAGUGGGCGGUUGUAUUCAUUUAUAUGGACUGUUUUAUUAGAGGGGAAAUUUUGGUUGUUAAAAAAAUGCUUAUGGCAUAUGCCAUCUGAAAUAUUUGGACCAUCUCUCCUUGCUUAGUUUCUUGAACAGUGAUCCACAGAAAGUGUAGUGCUCAGUGUAAAGAUUUUGUCAGUAUAUCUUGAGUUUGUAUUAUUUUGUUACCAGUUAUUUACAUCCAUUCCAUCAUUUAAUAUAAAGUGUUCUAUUGGAAAAGUGUGGAAUAUAAAUAAAAAGACAAGUAAUGUAUUUUAUAUUAUUUUAUAUUGAAAAGUAGGAGUUUAUGAACAGUUAAUAAAUUAAUUGCUGUACAUUUCUAUAUUAUAUGGUGAAGAAUAGUUUCACUGCGAGUCGAAGGGACAAAUCGUGAGGCAGUUUGUGUAACAUUCCUGUUAGUUAGAAUGGUUUGUCAUUCAGUUUGAAACUUGAACGUUAGAUUUGUUGUCAAUGCAUUAUGUUGUCAUACAUGAAAACACUUCAUUUGUACCACUGAAGUGGGUUGGUGUUCCAAUGAAAAACGUGUAGUUCAAGUUUAAACAGUUUGCAAUUAGUCCAGAAGGUCACAUUAUGUUAAUCUUGUAUAGUUCAUAACUUGUGAAACAUCAAAUGAAUCAUUUCUCCCUUGAAAGAAAAAGGAAGCAUGUGUUUUAUUGCUCAAGUUGUAGCAGGAAAAUUAGGUUAUGACCUAUGUUUGCUUUUCUGAUGAAGUGAUUGGUCAAAGAAUUCAGUCAAUAACUUCAGUAAAUUUAGGCAGUAUCAGAGCUCCUUUGUAUUGUUUAUACCAUGGUUUGAUUUUUAUUUUGUUAGCAGUUUGCCAUUCUGUGUUGCAGCCUAUCUCCCUGUUUGUAAAUCUGUUUUCCUUGAGAUGCGAGCUUUCAGAUUGGGGGUAACUUUUUGUGUUGCUCAGUCCAGUGGACAUGAGCCCAAGGUAUGUGCAAAGAGAGAGUCAUCUCUCAAGAGACUAUCGCUUUGUGCCUGCCUAGCACUUGCUCCCACUUGCCUUAAAAAUACAAAAAAAAGUAGUGCUUAAGUUUUUCCUGGCAAUAAGUCUUUUGCUUCUUCUAAUAUUAUUUUACUUUGCAAACAUAGGAUCAUAUUAGAAUAUCACAACCACACUGUCAAUAAAGAGAAAUUUCAACAAAA